AUGGCCGACAGCACUUGCAACGAGUUUUCACCCUGCUACCGCGAGGGCUACUGCGACACCGGACCCAUGUUCUGCAUGUGGGGUCUCUGCAACGAAUCCAAGUCUUACAACUCUACAUCCUGCUGGCCAGCUGAGGGCUGUAUUAACGACACUACAGACUUUACAAGCUCGAGCGACGUGGUUCCCAUUAAAAGCUACACCGGCAACCCAAACACCAACCCUUUCGUCUCCAUAUUUGAGCCCAACAACGCUGCUGUUGAGGAUGGAAAUCUUGUUCUUACCAUGAACUAUGACAAGUCUCAGGACAAGGGCUUUGGUACGACUGUCUCCGCCUCGAACACCAUCCACUACGGCAAAGUCACCGCUCGCAUAAAAACAGCUGCCAUUGCCAAGGGUACUGUCACUGCCUUUAUCAUUCGCAACGACCAGACUGGUGACGAAAUUGACUUUGAGUGGGUCGGCAAAUCGCCCAACCUUGUUGAGACCAACUUCUUCUACCACGACAUCCUGGACUACGGAAACAGCGCCUACUUUAACAUUGGCAGUGACAGCUCGGCUGACUACCACGACUACACUAUUGACUGGACUCCCGACUCGGUCACUUGGAUUGUCGAUGGCGUUUCUCUCCGCACUCUGCUCCGCAAGGACACCUACGAUUCUGACGAUAGCGUCUAUAAGUUCCCUGCUUCUGCUGGCCGCGUUGGCUUUUCCAUUUGGGAUGGUGGUAACUCUGGCGCUGAAGGAACCGCAAGUUGGGCUGGUACACCAACCCCCUGGACUAGCUCGACUGUUUACAAGAUGUAUGUCGAUUCUAUCACCAUUGAGUGCAAUGCUGACACUAACCCAAUUGUGCCUGUAUCGUCUGAGCCUGCUUCUGCCAGUGAGUCUAGUACCACUAUUAGCUCUAUGAGCAGCAGCAAGGUUGCUUCUACAACUUUGGUUGAAAACUCAAUCAUCUCUGAGACUAUUUCCAGCGAUGACGGUUCUUCUAUCUCCGAGACUGUUUCCAGCGAUGACGAUUCUUCUAUCUCCGAGACUGUUUCCAGCGAUGACGAUUCUUCUGCCUCCGAGACUAUUUCCAGCGAUGGCGGUUCUUCUGUCUCUGAGACUGUUUCCAGCGAUGACGGUUCUUCUAUCUCCGAGACUGUUUCCAGCGAUGACGGUUCUUCUAUCUCCGAGACUGUUUCCAGCGAUGACGAUUCUUCUGCCUCCGAGACUAUUUCCAGCGAUGGCGGUUCUUCUGUCUCUGAGACUGUUUCCAGCGAUGACGGUUCUUCUAUCUCCGAGACUGUUUCCAGCGAUGACGGUUCUUCUGCCUCCGAGACUGUUUCCAACGAUGACGGUUCUUCUGUCUCCGACGAGAGCUCUACUAUUACCCCAGCUGACUAUACUUCUACAUACUUGGAUGGUGUCUCGAAUAUAAAUUCAUCCGACAGCAAUGUCAGCACAAGUCCCACUGGUGAUAUCAGCUCCAAUUCGGUUGAAAGCCCACCCACUGACGAGGGGGCGUAUGACGAGCGAGUGUUUAUGCAAUGGUUUCCAGUCAUUGGGCCGGGUGCUGUCGAUUCGGCUUUGCUAUGUCAUGUUGGAAACUGA